UCAGUGUCAUUGUGUCAAGCGCAGUCAAGUGUCAACCUGUGCAUCAAUGUUUGGUUUCGUAUUUACCUAUGUCAUUGAAAAAAAAUGAUUAGUGUUAAAGUGAAUUGAAAACUUAAUUGCAAAAACUUAAAAUGGCUGCAGUUAGAUCGUGUCCGGGGUUGUAUUGCGGGCGUACGGAGCUGGAGGACGGCAUAUGGAGCGAUUGUGGUGCAUGCCCUCGAGGCUAUAGGACAAAUAGCUCCAGUUAUUGUAUGCCAUGCAUUGAUGAGCCUAUCCUCUACGACUGGCAGUACUUAGGUUUCAUGGUACUCCUGCCUAUGGUGUUGCAUUGGUUCUUCAUUGACAUGGUUACUGUAGGAAAAGCUAAAGAGGGCAUGUUAAUCCAACACGCCUGUGCAUUUGUGGAAGUCGUGGUCAGGAACCCUGGCCGCUUCUUAGUGUUGCCGCCUACAGGAAGCAUUGCAUUACAUGUGUGCUCACCGAAGGCAUUGUCGGACUGGUACACUCUACUCCACAACCCACAGCCAGAUUAUAAGGAGACUUUACAUUGCACACAAGAAGCUGUUUAUCCAUUAUACACAAUAGUGCUGUUGAUUUACGCAUUCAGUUUGUUGAUGACAAUAACACUAAGACCCUGGGUCCUCACUUGGAAUUCAUGUAAUCCAGAAAAGGCAAUUUACUGUGCUCUGUAUUUUUAUCCCAUACUAGUACUUAUACACACUGUUGCAGCUGGUUUGAUUUAUUGCUCAUUUCCAUACAUAGUAAUAAUAAUAUCAAUGAUGACAUCAGCAUCACAUUUCUCCAUCAAAAUUGAACAAUCUGCACCCGCUUUGCUGUUAUCCUCAAUCACUAAUUCAAGGAACUUGAUCAUACUGGUCGGCCACUGGCUUGUUCAUGCCUAUGGAAUAUUGUCUCUGACUGGCUUCAGAGAGUUGUGGUACUUAUCUCUGGUCCCCGCUCCUGCAUUAUUCUACAUACUGACUGCUCAGUUCACCGACCCAAUGAAAAUACACAGUGAUUGACAAAAUCAGAAAGCUUUCGCCAAGUUGGUUUUGAGUUAAUUUUUAGAACAGAUAAAGACUGGUUAUUGUAUGUUGUGAUGUUUAUGCAUAUAAAAUUAUGCAUUUGUAUAGUCUUUAAUAGUGAGAUAAAAGUAAAAUAAGUUUUAACUAGAUAAUGAUAAGUGUAAUUAUGUUGUAUUACAACUAACUAAUGUAUAUAUAAAUUUGUUGCUAGCUAAAGAUAUUUAUUGUAAAGUUACAGUAUAAAAAGGAGACAUUUCUCAAAGAUAUAUUCUUAAGACUAAAAACAUGUACAUUUUUAGUGCUAAGUAUUGUAAAAGAUAAAUAAAUACUUUAAAACAAACAUUA